UAACAAAGCGAUAAUAUCGAAUAAAGCAGAAAUGCGAUUCAUUUUAGCCACCUUCAUGCUGAUUUCCUUCAGUGUUUAUCUGUCAUUGGGUGUACCGACUGUAGGACUACCAACUGUGGAUGUGCAGAGUACACCUUGUGAAAUAAAUAUGAUUAAAAAAAUUCAAGAAUUAAUUUUAGCCUCCUCUGGACAAGAUGUUACAAUGAUUAAAGGAUUCUUAGAAAAAGACAAUUUAGAACAACAGAUUCAAGGUCUUAUAGCAACAUUAAUUAAACGUCUUGAUGAAGGACUUGGAGGUUUGGUGUCUACAGGAGGAAUGACACCAGCAUCUUAAAUGCCGACAUCUGGCUCAGUGGCUCACAAUAUGCUUUAAGUGACAAGCUCCUUUUUAAACUCUACAAAAUGUGAUUCCUUUUUGAUCAAUUUCAAAACCAGUAAUGUGAUUUAAUCUUUGUGUUAAAAAAUAAUUACCAUACAAUUAUAUUGCCU